AGUGACUAAUAAGUACCAGUGCCAAGGUAAAACUACUACCUGUUCAACAAUCAAAGACUGCCAUCUCCGGAAACUAGAUUAGUAACUUCUGAACACCUCUCUAAGAAAAAUCCAACACCUCUGCAACCCUAACCUCUCCAAUUUCACUUCACAAAACACAUGGCCAUGUAAUCUAUGAAUGUUGCUUCUCCUGUCACUCCCUGACACAGAAACACCUCUGCAAUAAUCUACUUCCUGAAAACCCAUGCUCCCUUCCUCACAUUCUUAACAGCGUACAACUCCUGCUACACAAUCUCCCCCACCUACCUACCUUUUAGAAAAUGCCUUCUCCUACUCAUGUAAUACUACUACCUUCACUUCUGAAGCAUUGUAUCCCUUUUAGACACACUGCUAGAAAUCCCUGAUCACCCCCCUUCAAGAAUCCUCUAAACAUCAUUCUGUGGAUAUAAGUCAACUCUCAAAAUUUACAAUUCCUCUAUCCUCUGGGUGCCCCUCAUAUUUUUAUGUUUCCCACCCCAAGAAACAUUUACCAUCCUGGACACAUGUCUUCCAGAAUGCCCCCCCACACAGCCCAUAAACCCUACUUCUGGAAAGAACCUCCUCCUCAAUCCUUCAGCUCACAUAUUUUGUAGCACCCAGUGAUUCUUAAGUCCCUCAUUCCUAGCAUUCCUUCCACUAUGGUAACUGUACACAUUGCCAUGGUAUUCCAAAACUGGGAGGAGGGGCCCAAGAGGAUUUCUAGGAAGUUUAACAGUUGCUAUGAGAAAAAGAAACAUUUUCUCUAGUGGAGUAUAUCCUGAACCUGAAAAGGAUUUUGGAAGGAAAAAUCUGGAGAGGUGAUAGACAAAAGAAGUGUGUGCUAUCCCAGAUUCCAAAUUAGAAUGAAGACUCCUUGUUAAACUAGCAGUAACCUUGGUACUGGUAGUCUUCUCUGACAACCACCUGGCACCAUGGGGAAACGUGAUAACCGAGUAGCAUAUAUGAAUCCUAUAGCAAUGGCUAGAUGGAGGGGUGCAAGUCAAUCCGCAGGCCCAACUAUACAAGAUUAUCUGAAUCGACCAAGGCCCACCUGGGAAGAAGUAAAGAAACAAUUAGAAAAUAAAAAGAAAGGAUCUAAGGCAUUGGCUGAAUUUGAAGAAAAAAUGAAUGAAAAUUGGAAGAAAGAGCUUGAGAAAAGCAGAGAGAAAAUAUUAGGUGGAAAUGUCAAUUCAUCCAAAAGAAAAGAGAGAAAGAAAAAGAAAAAGAAGAAAUCUUGUCGGUACACAUCCUCUUCAUCAAGCUCUGAUUCAUCCAGCAGUUCUUCAGAUUCUGAGGAUGAGCGCAAGAAACAAGGAAAAAGGAGAAAGAAAAAGAAGAACCGAGCACACAAGUCGUCAGAUAGCUCCAGCUGUGAAUCAGAAUUGCCAAGCAAGGAGCUUCCUCCAAAGAAGAAAAAGGCAAAGGAUGAAACAGAUAAAGAAAAAUAUACCAAAAGCUACAGCAAGAAAAGAAAGAAAGCUUCUGAGGAAAAGCCAUCCUCUUCAGAAUCCUCAUUUGAAUCAGAUUAUGAAGAAGAGGUGCAGGCAAAAAAGAAAAGAAAAUAUGAUGAUCAAGAAAGAGAAAUGGAAAAGCUAAAAAAGAAAAAAAAGAAGAAACAUCACAAGAAACACAGUAAGAAGAAAAAGAAGAAAUCCAGUUCAAGUCACAAGUCAGCAUAACAGAAAAACCAAACAGGCUUUCCACAUUUAAAAUGAAACAAAAUCUAAAGGAAACUUCAACUGUGAAAAGCUAGGUCACAUUUACCAAAAUGCAUGAGAUUCCCUUUAUUAAUAGAGUUAUUCUGGACUUUAAGUUGCCAGUAAAAUGCCACUGUGCCAGAAAAGGCUGUAUUUGUUGCCUGCAGCUUAUAUAUGUGAAAUUUUGUUUGUUUAAUGUCUGUCUUUAUGCCUAAUAGUUACUCCUCUUGGAACCAAACCUCAGUUGUCAUACUAGUGUUAAAAUGUUUGGAGUUCAAGUAAAAUGUUUUAGGCAAUGAAUAAUUUUGACCAAAAAUAUAUCAAAUGUUAAAUGUAUGUGAUUUUUAGACAUCUUUAAAAGACAGAAUCAUGCUGACAAUUAUGGUUGAUAUUUUGAAGAUAAGACAGCAUUGUUGUUCAAAAAUUAAUUUUGUAGAAUAAUUUGUUGAUGUUACAUUUUUUCAAGAAUUUUUUGUUUACAUUGGGGAAGGGCGCAAGUCAGGGAGUGGGAGGGGGAAGUGUUUGCUACUCUGGCUAGCUGAAUAGUGUGCCUUUAAUCCUUACACAUCUUAUUUUGCCAGUGCAGCAGCCAUUUAUUUUUUACAUGCUGAAAUUGUAGAAUGUUGUUAUGUAUUUGAUCAAGAGAACAAGAAAGCAGUUUACAGCAUAAAAGCCCCCAAAGCUAUGACAUUUACCUCCACUUCAGUACUAUUCACUCUCCAGGACUAAAUGCUAUUUUACAUUAGAAGACUACAUGAUUUGAAUUAACUGUUAUUUUUUGAAGGAGAAUCAUUUAAAACUGUCCCUGGUUUUGAUUAUUUGCUUUUUAUGAAUAAACAUUAGGAUUUUUGUGUACCUUAUCCUGCCAUUUUAAUUAAUCAGUGAUAUUCUUUAUGACAAGCAUAAUACUUUUAAAAAGAAUUUAUGGUUAAGAUAUAAAGUUCAAGUUUUUCAUAUGUUAAACUUUGGGUGUUAUUUUCAUCUCAUUACUGUGUUUAAAUUGUACAUUUCCCCAAAAUAUUUAGCAUGUAAAAAGAAGGUCUUUAGGAAAUUGCAAUGCCUUCAUAUUGAAGCUGGUUUACUAAAAUCAUGUUUUGUCUGACUUUUAGUAUGCUGUGUGUCUUGUUACAUAAACUACUGCCUAAAUAUUAGUAUGUCCAUUAAAUGUUUCUUGUCUUAAAUAUUAGCACUGCAGUAUAAUGGAAGUUAAGUUUAGGUAAUGAUUAUAUAAUUUAUCUUUUUGUGUCCAUAUAUUACUAAGAUCCGGUGCCUUGUGUCUGUUGCUGAUUGAAAUUCACCACUAAUGUUAAAAAUGAGUUAAAAUAUUUUUACUUCACAUUUCUAUAUCAUAGUAGUAUAAAAUAUAAGUUUAUGUUUCAAAAACAUCUAUUAUAGAAGAUACAAUAAUAUUGUCAUGGUAUAAAGUAUUUUGUCAUGAUGAGAGAGGCUCAGUGUUUCUUUCAAACAAAUGAUUUAACCUCAGAUUCUCUGAGUCAAAAGCAAAGUUAGAGGAAACCUCUAGUAGAUAAGUGACUUGUCAUCUCUGCAGAAUGUUUCAGUGGCAACAUUGGACUCUCUCAAUGUGGUUCUUUCAGUAUUCUAGUAAUGUCAUGCCAGAUCACCUUGGGAUUUCAUAACUACAACUGUUUCUUCAAAUAUAUCUAUAUGUAUAUUGCUGAUAAAAUUAUUGUAUUUAAUGGGUAUUUUAUAGCCAUAUAGUGUUUUUUCAACAAUAUUCAUUAAGUGUUUUUAAAACUUAUAUUGUUUGUAGAAUAUGGCAAAACACAAUUCAUCCAAUAGCUCUGUGCUCCCAUUCCUUCCCAGCUCUUUGUAGUUAGGUGGUCCAAUUUGACUACUUAGACCAGAGGAACUGAAAACAGAAGUGAUGUGUCAUUUCCACCUGUGAGCAGAAACAAUUCCUGCAUGACACUUCAACUGUCUCUUUACAUUCCACCAUAACUGGAAUGAGAAGGCACGCCUCUAAGAAUGAUGCAAGCUGUAUCUUUAUGUCACACUUUACAAGGAGUUUGACCUGGAAAACUCAUGAACUUGCAGUGGACUGAGAGUAAUGAGAGUAAUAAAUAAAUUAUUAUGUGUUCAGCCACUUAGA